CAGAGAUGUUGUAACUUACACAAGGUAUAAUAAACUGGUACCGACACAGGUCAACGUGCAGUUACAGUGGGCUGAUCGACCUCAACUUGUCCGGUGAAGUUCGAAUCGCGGGCUGGUUUCCAAACUUGGGCAGACGCUUUUUCUCAACUUCUUGCUUGUUUAGUAUCGAUUCCGAUCAUGCGAUUCACGGGCUGGACGAUGAUUUGGCUCCUUCUGUGUCUGGCUUUUGCCGGCUGCACGUGGGCUCAGAAUGCUCAGUUCUGGAACAUCCAGGCCCAGGACACGCUGCAGAAGGCCCUGACGAGGGAAGCCAGCCUGAACCGCAACGUGGCCAAGAACAUCGUGUUCUUCCUCGGGGACGGCAUGGGCGUCUCCACCGUGACGGCAGCCCGGAUCAUGAAGGGGCAACAGGCCGGCAUGACCGGGGAGGAGACGGUCUUGUCCUGGGAGAAGUUCUCCAGCGUCGCCCUGUCAAAGACCUACAACACCAACCGUCAAGUGCCGGACUCAGCCGGCACAGCCACAGCGUACUUCUGCGGCGUCAAGACCAAGGAGGAGAUGAUCGGAGUGGACGACCAGGCCGUAUUGGGAGACUGUCAGUCCAGCCUGAAUGCUGCAGUGGACUCGGUCAUGACAGAUGCAGAAAAAGAAGGCAAGGCGACGGGGUUCGUCACCACUGCCCGCGUGACGCACGCUACUCCGGCGUGUUUGUACGCACACUCUCCGGACCGGAACUGGGAGAACAACGCGGAUGUCCCGGAGGCAGAGGCGGCGCUUGGGUGUACGGACAUUGCACACCAACUGGUCACGCUGGGACAAAACAUUAAAGUCAUUAUGGGCGGUGGUCGACGGGAGAUGCUACCGGACAAUUUUACUGACUACGAGUACUCCGCCCUGACUGGCCAGCGCACAGACGGCAGGAAUCUCGUAGAUGAAUGGUUGGCAAGUAAAGACGCUCAAACAAGUCACUUCGUGUGGAAUCUGGAUCAGUUCAAUGAGGUGGACCCGGAGAACACGGAGUAUCUGCUAGGUCUGUUCGAGUCCAGUCACAUGCAGUACGAAGGUGAGCGCACCAACGAACCAUCCAUCGCUGAGAUGACAGAGAAGGCCAUUCGGAUCCUACAGAAAGACACAGACGGGUUCUUCCUGAUGGUCGAAGCCGGUCGUAUAGACCACGCCCACCACGAUGGUUUCGCCGGCAACGCCCUCAACGAUACCGUGGCCUUUGAUGCAGCUGUUGCCAAGGCGGUGGAAUUGACCAAUGAGGAAGACACGCUAAUCAUCGUCACAGCUGAUCACAGUCACGUGAUGACUCUCGGUGGCUACCAAAGCCGUGGUAACCCUAUUUUAGGUUUAGUCGAUUUGAGCAGCGCGGAAGACGAUCUUCCUUUCACUUCGAUUGGUUACACAAAUGGACCUGGUGGCAUUGCUGAACAAGUCAGCUACAAGUUGUUCGGCCGAAGACGCAACCUCACUGACAACGACACAGAAAAUCCGAGGUUUACACAACCGGGCAUCGUCCCGCGCGAAUCCGAGACCCACGGCGGCGAGGAUGUGGCCAUCUACGCCAACGGACCCAUGUCCCACCUCUUCCACGGAGUCCACGAGCAGAACUACAUCGCGCACGUGGUGCGCUACGCCGCCUGCCUGGGCAACAGGCAACACUGCGACGAGUACGUGGCACCCUGUGGCAGCGGGGCCUCGUCGGUGCCAUCAGGUGGCGUUACAAUGAUCACGGUCUUGCUUAACUUAUGGCUGGCCCUUGUUUUGCCGAAAUAGCUCGACUAGGGAUGUUUUCCUGAGACCUAAAUGUUUCACAAUGUUUUUAAUCGGUGAAAACUAUUUUUCAUUAACUCACACAUACUGAAAUUUGUAACCCUGUGGAGACAUUUCUUUAUUCUCGUGUAGUAAAGUUUUCGAGUUUGAAAGUG